GCGAUGACGUUGAACACCGGAAAUCGAAACUUAAUCGAAGUACGACGAAGAAAUUAAAGUAUUCUUGUGAGCUGACUCUAUUAGUACCGUGUAAACCUGAUAUGAGAUCACGGUAACGAGUGUUUUUGUGUUCGUCCGGUGAAGAUAUGACAUUCACGAGCUGAUCACGGUAAACAUUCAGUGAAGUUGUGUGGCUGUCUGCUUAUGUAGUUAUUUCUAACUGCAAUAUGGAGUCUAUGUCAAGAAAUUAUAUUUCUCUGCUGAAUGAGUACCAGCAGAAGGCUCAAUGCACCGUGGAGUAUGAGGUGGGAUCCACUGUGGGACCGAGCCACGACCCUACAUUCACUAUGAGGGCUAUUGUAAAUGGUCAGCGGUUUCCUGAUGGCACUGGGAAAUCCAAGAAGGACGCAAAGCAAAGUGCUGCCAAGAACGCCCUUGAUGCCCUCAGGAGCUCUCCCAAUAUUGAGUCUGUCUUUGACAAGAACAGCAAUAAAGCACAGGGGUCAGAGGUUGCAGCUUGUAGUGCUAGCCUGAACAGUUUGAGUAUUGCUGAUGAUUCCCAAAGCUCCAUGCCUGACAACAACUACAUUGCAUAUCUCAAUGACUUCUGCCAGAAAAAUAAACGUAUUCUUGAUUUCAAAUUAGUGGAGAAAAGAGGCCUUCCUCACACCCCAGAGUUUGUGUAUAAAGUUGUCAUAGACGGGAAGGAAUAUCCUGAAGGACAAGGAAAGAGCUCGAAAGAGGCGAAGCAACAUGCAGCUCAGCGCGCUUGGAGUGAACUUCAGGAUCAGUCUGGCUGGACCACACAGGCAGGACCCUUCAGAAGUUCAGCUAUUAAAUCUGAGGAUGCACGACUCUCAUCAAACAUCCCGUGUAAAACUCCCAGCUCCAGUGAUUUAUUCUUCAAAGACUCGUCUCCUGUCAGUUCUCCUAUGGCCAAACGUCCUACUCUGAGCCCACUGGAUGCGAGGCCGAAAAUAAGUGCUAGCCUGAACAGUUUGAGUAUUGCUGAUGAUUCCCGAAGCUCCACGCCUGACAACAACUACAUUGCAUAUCUCAAUAACUUCUGCCAGAAAAAUAAACUUGUGCAUGAUUUCCAAUUAGUGGAGAGAAGAGGCCCUCCUCACAACCCAGAGUUUGUGUAUAAAGUUGUCAUAGACGGGAAGGAAUAUCCUGAAGGACAAGGAAAGAGCUCGAAAGAGGCGAAGCAACAUGCAGCUCAGCGCGCUUGGAGUGAACUUCAGGAUCAGUCUGGCUGGACCACACAGAGUUCGGAAGAUGACACCUCUUCACAAACCCAAGAGACGACUAAAUCUGAGGAUGCACGACUCUCGUCAAACAGCCCGUGUGAAACUCUCAGCUCCAGUGAUAACAUCGUCUUCAAAGACUCGUCUGCUGUCAGUUCUCCUAUGGCCAUAAGUCCUUGUGUGAGCCCACUGGAUGUGAAGCCGAAAAUAAAAUUAGCACCAACUUUUCUUCUGUCACCGAACGGCCAGGCCAAGGGCAAAGAGAAUGUUCCUACAAUGAAUGCACAAAAUCUGGCAAAGUCGUCUGGAGAUCAACCUUCAAACCAAGCUAUAAAAUCAAGGUUUUUAGAAGACUUUGACUCAAUAUAUCCGAUUGGCAAAGGUGGCUUCGGACGAGUUUUCAAGGCAAGACGAAAGCUGGAGAACAAAUAUUAUGCUGUGAAGAUAGUGAAGAGUCGAGAAAAAGCUCUUCGUGAGGUUGGAGCUUUGGCUGGUUUUAAUAACGCCAACAUCGUCCGCUACUACACAGCUUGGGAAGAGGACACGGCGUACAGAUACGAGUCUUCAGAGACCAUCUCAGAUUCUGGCAGUGGCCCGGGGACAAAGUUCCUCUACAUUCAGAUGGAGCUCUGUGAGGGAGACACGCUGCGAGCCUGGAUUGAUAAAAGAAACUCUCCAAAGGAAAGUUUCCCAGAGAGGAGAGCGGAUGCGGCACGGAUCAGCGGACAGGUGCUGACGGCUGUGGACUACAUUCACUCCAAGGGCUUGAUCCACAGAGACCUGAAGCCUCCAAACAUAAUGUUCAGCAAGGAUGGAGGAGUGAAGGUUGGAGACUUCGGCCUCGUGACUGCAGCAGAAAAUGACAAUGAUGAGCUCAUGCUGGAACGGACUAAAAGAACAGGAACCCGUAGUUACAUGAGCCCGGAGCAAGAGACUGAAAGAUCCUAUGACAAAAAGGUGGAUAUAUACGCUCUGGGCCUCAUAUAUUUUGAGCUCAUCUAUAAUCUCAUCACAGUGCAGGAAAAGAAAAAGAUUUGGGAGGAUAUAAGAAAUAGGGUUUUUCCACCGAAGUUCUCCAAGGAAUUUAGCUUUGAGCACAAGCUCAUAGAGCGAAUGUUGAGCGCCAGUCCUGAAGACAGACCAGACGCCACAGAGCUGAUCAGAGAACUGAUCAAUAUAUCAGUCCUGAAGACAGAUAAAGACAUCAAGACCUUCUGAUGACAUCUAUUCUCCUUUCUAUGACUUUAUAAUAAUAGCAGUUGCUUAUACUGUAACAUUUACAGACUGAUACAGAUGGCAAGUGUGCAAUUCAGUCUAUAAAGCAACUACAUUUUUAAAAAAUGAAACUUUUGUCAUCAUUUAC